GAUUCUGGGUCGUCGCUUCUGGUCAUAGAGCCUGGCGUGUACGACCGGCUCAUUGGGGAACUGAAAUGGAGGUUCACCAACUGCCAUAACUUGCCGGAACAGCAGAUCAUGAGUUGCGACUGUCCACCUGCCAAUGAUUUAAGCCGUAUUCCGCAGCUGGUGAUCAACGUGAUUGACGAGUCUAACCGACAGUUUCCUCUCUGCAUGUCACCGGAUGAGUACAUCUUAGAGUCUGUGGACCCGUUGGAUGGAAGGACCUCCUGCGUUCCUUCGAUUCAGCGCGGCUCUGACAGUCAGCCGGUCCCGCUGAUCUUCGGAAUGACCUUCAUGCGG